AUCGCUGACUGAAGAGAAGAGAAAAAACAAUUGCCUGCGAUGUACAAGUACGGGGGGAGUUUUCGUACCGAGUUGAAAUCUUCCAUUUUUAACGAGUGAGAAGAAACCGUCUAAUCAACACUAAAGAAAAACGUAGUGGUGCUGGGCAUUGCAAGUGUGCCUUUUUGCUGGUUUUAAGGAUAAUCGCAGUCUGCUCGGAUUCAGUAUGGAUUGGGGCACCGAUCUCUGGGACCAGUUUGAUAUUAUAGAAAAGCACACACAAUGGGGAUUGGACCUGGUGGAGAAGUAUGUUAAAUUUGUGAAGGAGAGGACUGAAAUAGAGCAAAACUAUGCAAAGCAACUAAGGAGUUUAGUAAAGAAAUUUAACCCAAAACGAGGGACGAAAGAGGACCAGGACUGCAAGUACACACACUAUCAAUCCUUUUUGGACAUCCUUAAUGAGAUGAAUGACUAUGCUGGGCAGCGAGAGGUCAUUGCUGAGAACAUGAUGAUGAACAUAUGCAUAGAGCUGACUAAGUACUCACAAGACAUUAAACACGAGCGGAAAUCGCACUUACUUGACGGCAGAAAGUCACAACAGCUCCUGGAAUCUAGUUACAAGCUACUUGAAAAUAGCAAGCGGCGGUUUGAGCGGGAGUGGAGAGAAGCAGAAAAAGCCGGUUUAAAUGCUGAGCGGAUAGAUCAGGACAUCAAUGCCACAAAAGCUGAUGUAGAGAAGGCAAAACAGCACGCAAACUUGAGGGCUCACAUAGCGGAGGAAUGCAAGAAUGACUAUGCAGCUCAACUUCAGAAGUAUAAUAAGGAACAAAACCAGUUCUAUUUCACAGACAUGCCUCAGAUAUUUAAUAAGAUGCAGGAUAUGGAUGAGAGGCGCAUCAAAAAGCUAGCAGAUGGUUAUCGCACCUUUGCCGACAUAGAACGUCGUGUGAUACCAAUCAUCGGAAAGUGUCUGGAUGGCAUUAACAAGGCAGCUGAUGUAAUUAAUGAGAAGAAUGAUACUUUGACACUGAUUGAGCUGAACAAAUCUGGAUUUGAGAGACCAAUAGAUCUGGAGUUUGAAGAUUACAGUCAAGGCAUAAAUCGGACUGCUUCUGACAGCAGUCUUGGGACACCUAAAACUCCUGCUGAUUCACGUAUUGAUCACCGUGCAACAAUGAAGAACAAAAAUAAAUUAUGGCCCUUCAGUAAGAAGAACAAGCUACCCCCUCCUCCUCUCCUACCUCUCAAUGCUUACUCCUGCCCAUCCUCCUCUUCCUUGGCCGUUAAUGGACCCCCUUCCCCCAAGUUCAGCCGGGAUCCUCUGUCUUACUGUCUAAACGAGAUCAAUAAGACAGUGAAACCCCGAAUCUCCUCGUUCCGCAGCCUAAGGAGGACGCCCACAAACUCUGAGGAUUUCAGCCAUCUUCCACCAGAACAAAGAAGAAAGAAACUCCAGCAGAAAAUAGAUGAACGGAACAAAGAACUACAAAAGGAGUUGGAUCAGAGGGACGCUCUGAAUAAAAUGAAAGAUGUGUAUCAGAAGACUCCACAGAUGGGUGACCCGAACAGCUUAGAGCCACAAAUCAUUCAAACCAUGAAUAAUAUAGAGCGUCUGCGCCUGGAGGUUCAAAAAUAUGAGUCAUACUUGUUGAAUGCUGAGGGACGGCAGAUGAAUCGCAGUGACACCUUGAAGUACAAUGCUCAUUAUAAUCAAACAACUACCAUCAAUAACAACAAUGGGUCACUUGAAAAAGACAGCCCUGAAGCUGCUCAUUCUGAUGAUAGCAGUCAGGACAAUAUUUCCCAGCCUAUCUAUGCAGAGUUUGAUGACGACUUUGAAGAAGAAGAAUCCAUUCUUCCCAUUGGGCAGUGCACUGCUAUGUAUACAUUUGAUGGUUCCAGCGAAGGUACAAUCUCCAUGGCAGAAGCAGAGACAUUUAAUGUCGUAGAAGAAGACAAAGGAGAUGGAUGGACCAGAGUCCGAAGGGCAAAUGGUGAUGAAGGCUAUGUGCCAACUUCUUACGUGAAAAUUACUCUACACAAGAAGUGAUCUUCAUCAUUCUUUCUCUUUUGCAAGGGGGACUGGCCUUAUUUAUCAUACUGAAAGCAAACAACUUCAGAAUUCAGCCGCCAUUUCAUUUUCAAUAUUUUUAUUUUUAUUUUUUGUUUUUUAAGUUUGCAUUCACAAGUUAUCCCUUUGAGCCUUGUUGAUGCAGAUGGACUCAUUUCUUUGAGGAGAAGAAGAAGAAAAAAAAAAAAGCAAGCUGCACACAAAUGCCUCAUUAACUUUGAUCAUUACUGAGAGCAGAUAUAUUUAAAUGCUGACAUUUUAUUGUUUUAUCAGUAAGAAUAUUUUAAUGAAUGAAUGUUUCUAUUUAGCAUUCUUCUGAAAAGAAGGUUUAUUGGAAACUGUUUUGUCAGCAGAUUUCAUUCAAGCUGUACUUGCUGGGCUCUGAUUGCAAAUUUUCUGGAAAUGAAAAUGGUGUCUGAGUCUUCCUGGUGGCAUACUGUUCUGUUAAAUAACUGAGGCCGCUACAGGACUGGCACUGAUAAUCCUGACCCUUAGUUAGUCUUGCAGGAAGUGAGCAGAACUUUAUUUUAGUCUUUUAUUUUAUUUUUGUGCUCAACUUGAAUGUUUUAUGAAACCUGGAUGAUACAGACUGAGCUGUGAAGAUCAAAAGUCUUCAUCAGCUGUGGUUUUCUGAAGCGGCUGUCUUUUUAACAUAGGACAAUGCAGGCGCACUUAGAUACACACUCAUAUCCAGACAAUCCGAGAGAAAUGGAAUUGGCGCAGCUGGAAAAACUCAAAUUAAUUAUUUUUAGGACAUGUUUUCACAAGUUCUGACUAUAAGUAGCCUUUGUUUUUCUGUUUUAUUUGAUUUGGAAUAUUUUCAUUGAUCUGUAUAAGGAGUGCUGGGUUCAAAAGCCAUUUUCUGUAAGACUUUAAUAGAAAUACACCUAUUAAGCACAUUUUCAUCAUCAUCAUCGAUACAGUUCAAGCUCUGUGUGUGUGUGUGUGUGUGUGUGAAUAGUGCCAUCUACUCUUACAGUCAUAGACUGGGAUCAUACUGCCACAGCAGUAUCAACCUUGGCUGAUAAUUUACUGUUUUAUUACUUUUAUUAUUUAUUCAGUGUAUUUUCUUUCAUAUUUGACAAACACUAUUUUGAGUUAAAAUACGUAAUAUUUUAUGGUAAUUUCAAAUUGUAGUCGAUUGUAGAAGCUACUUUUGUUUUGAGAAGGUAUCUACAUUGCAGCUUUUUUAGACUUUAUUUUAAUGCAUUUUAUAGCACACAUUUUACCAGGCCACUGUUUGUCAAGCUAAGAUCCCAGUUACAACAUGUGUCUUUAUAUUUUAUUAUUUAUUAAUUAUUCCCACAUUAUUAAAGUUUUCAUUUCUUCAUUAUUCAUUCGCAAAGCCUUUAUAUUUUUAAGAUUACAUUUUAAAGUUUUAGGGAAGGCUUUCUCUGAAUCUGUUAGGAUAAAAAAAAUUUAGUAGGUACAUUAUUUUGGAGUAUUUGACUCUUGCCUUUUAUGUGACGUUUUAAUUCCCCUCAUAUUAACUUUUAGAACCUUUAGUCUGCGAUUUUUCCAUUUUUCUUAAAUCACUUUUCAAAGCUUGCACGGGGUUUGCUCCGAAGCUGCAAUGACAGUGAACGUGUUUUACAGAUCACAAAUUCAAAAAAAUCUGUAUAUUCAAUGUUGCUUAGAGAUUAACACCCAGUAACCACGGAAGAUAUUUCUCUUUGAGCUAAAACCACAGUGCUGUGCUCACCAAUGACAGUGUUGUACUUUUAAACCAAAAAUGAUAUCCUUCUCUGUCACAGUGCUUAAGAAUUAAUUUUCUAGGUUAUUAAGAGUCACAUGCAAAAAGCGGGGUACCCAUCUAGUGUUAGAUUUAGAGAAAAUGCUUUGCCCAUCCUGCUGUGCCUGGGUUCUGGUUGACAGUGCUGCAGUCACAUUCUUCAAGUCAUUCUCAUGCUUCAGAACACACACACACACACAGACAUGCACCUUAAAAUUGCUGAAACUGUGAUAACCACCAAGUUCCCUUCAUGUGGGUUUUUAGAUAUCUUGCAGUUUUAAAUAAAAACUAUGUAGACCUAAAGGGGGUGUGCAAAUGCAUGUACGCCUGGAGUUUUGCACACAAAAAGGACAAAUCAAAUUAAAUGGACUAUUUGUUAAAAUACAUUUAUAUACUAUCAUGUUUAUGUAUACUUAAAUAUAUAUUGAAAUAUAUAUAAGAAAUAAUAUAUUUUAGCUAUCACAAUAUCUACUUUAAAAGGUAGUUAUGGUCACCCCCCCAGCUUUGAAUCUGAGCCCAUUUUUGUACUCCUGUAAAUUGUUUGUAUGUAGUUAUAUUGUACCUAUGUGCCUUGGUCACAUUUUACAGUGCAUUGCAAACUGAAGAAUUUCUGCCUAUAUAUCUCUCCAAAAACAUAACGAAUGGGAUUUACCACUUCUGGUAUCGGUGUUAAACACUUUAAAGGCUGGAAGAAUGAAAAGGCUCAUUAGAUCGGGUAUAUUCAGAUAGGAUUUUCAGGGCUGUUCAGAUUCCUCUCAGGAACGCUGUCAUUAAAAAUCUAAUCGGCUGAAUGAAGAGGGGAAGACAGAACAAGAAACAGGAGAUUUUACAUUUCUGAAUUUGGUCAUUUCAUCUUCUGCUGUUGAAUUUGCAAAAUGUUUGCCUUGAAAUUUGCUGCUGUCGAUGUCCGAUCUUUGUGAGGGACUGUCUUGUUACUGAAAACUUUUUUUUUUUGUAGUGAAAAAACACUUCAGGUUUGCUGCUUCCAAUAGAACGGGGCCAAUUUUUGGGGACACAGCAUUGCAUGAACCCCUUUGAUGGAUCUGGAAGGUAAAAUAUAUAUUUUUUUUUGUUCAGCUUUGCUGACUGCAGUACUGUAGUUUAUUAUAUUCAGCAAACUCAAGUUCUAAUAAAUUGCAGAAAUAUUUUAUUGUCACUUAUCAAAGAACCUGUGGUCGAGUUGAGUUUUUAUUUGCAAUGCCUGCUGUUUUUAUUGUUUUCAAAUAAAAGAAUUUAUUUAA